UUUUUUAAAUAUUCUCUGAUGUUCCAUUUACGCGCAGUGAAGUAAGGUUCUUGUAUCAAAGGGCUACCUUUUGGUCACUUUGUUCUCUUUCUCUUUGUCUCCCCUCGGGCCAAAGUAAGUUCAGAAGGAAAAAAGAAAGUUAAAAAAGGGAAAGUCCAAAGCCUGUUUCUUUCUUUUGUUCAACUUCUCUAUCGAGUUAUUAGCUUUCUAUCCUGUCAUCAUUUGACCCAACUGACUUUGGCUGGUGAUUUUACAGAGAAGAGGUAGCAGGGAACCACAUAGAAACCAGGAGCUUCUUUUUAUUUUUUUGGUAUAUUUUUAAUGCUUAAAGUUUGCAGUUGGGCUUCCAGUUUAAGUGUUUCUUUUUCUUUAAUUUCAGCCGAAUUUAAGUCAAAAGGUGUUGUUUUUUGUUUUAGAAUUGUAUAGAGCAAAGAAAGUUGUCAAAUUUUAGUAUAGGAUGAUUGGCAAAAGCAAGAGUUUUUGCUUUGACAGAUGCUUUUUGGGGUUGUCAAAUUUUUAUCCGGAUAGGAAUUUCUACAUCUGGGAUAGUUUAUAGGUUGGGUCCAUUUGUUUCUUGGCUUGUAAUGAAUUUUAUGUGUAUUGGUUGUCUUCCAUUACUGUGAAGUUGAGGUUCCCUUCUUUUAAUGGACUGGGUUCUGCUCUAAAGGAAAUUGAGCACAGUUGGGUUCAUUGUGGAUUUUGUUAUUUCGUUUGUUUUGAGAUAUGAUCAAGCAGAUACUAGGCAGGCUUCCUCGAAAGCCAUCAAAGUCAUCUGAGAGUCGUGAAUUUGGGGGUUCGUCUGCUCCUUCUUUGAGUAAUUCCUCUAACUUAAGAGGCAGUGAUAUUGUGGGUAAUCAUAGGCUGAUGAUCGACAGUGCACCUCUUUCUGGACCUAAUUCUACUUCUAGUUUAGGAUACAGCCCUAGAAGUAAACUCACCCAAGCUGUGAAUCAAAAACUGAAUGGGAAUUCAUUGACUGCUCCAUUUGAAGCAUUACCUGGAUUUAAGGAUGUUCCUAGCUCCGAGAAGCAAAACUUGUUUCUUAGAAAGCUAAGUUUGUGUUGUAUUGUGUUUGAUUUCACUGACCCAAUGAAGAACUUGAAAGAAAAAGACAUCAAGCGGCAGACGUUACUUGAACUUGUGGAUUAUGUUAGUUCUGCGAAUGGCAAAUUUGCUGAAACUGUUAUGCAAGAAGCUGUAAAGAUGAUGUCUAUCAACUUGUUUAGAUCCCUUACUCCACAGCCUCGUGAAAAUAAGGUGGUAGAAGCCUUUGAUAUGGAAGAGGAAGAGCCAUUGAUGGACCCUGCAUGGCCUCACUUGCAAAUUGUUUAUGAAUUCCUUCUGAGGUUUGUGGCAUCUCCUGAGACAGAUGCCAAGUUGGCUAAGAGGUAUAUCGAUCAUUCUUUUGUUUUCAAAUUAUUGGAUCUCUUUGAUUCUGAAGAUCCUAGGGAGAGGGAGUAUCUAAAAACAAUUCUGCAUCGUAUCUAUGGCAAGUUUAUGGUGCAUCGUCCCUUUAUCAGGAAAGCUAUUAACAACAUCUUCUUCCAUUUUAUUUUUGAAACGGAGAAGCAUAAUGGGAUUGCUGAGCUUUUAGAGGUUUUGGGAAGUAUAAUCAAUGGGUUUGCUCUGCCACUUAAAGAAGAACACAAAUUGUUCCUUGUUCGGGCACUAAUACCACUUCACAAGCCAAAAUGCUUGCCACUGUAUCAUCAGCAGCUAUCAUACUGCAUCACUCAAUUUGUUGAGAAAGACUGCAAACUAGCUGAUACUGUUGUAAGGGGAUUAUUGAAGUACUGGCCAAUUACUAAUAGUUCAAAGGAAGUCAUGUUCCUUGGUGAACUGGAAGAAAUUUUGGAAGCUACUCAGCCUGCUGAAUUUCAAAGAUGUAUGGUACCUUUGUUCCGCCAAAUUGCACGUUGCUUGAGCAGUUCACACUUUCAGGUAGCGGAGAGGGCUUUGUACUUGUGGAGUAAUGAUCACAUUGAGAACUUAAUUAGACAAAACCGCAGAGUUAUACUGCCCAUCAUAUUCCCUGCCUUGGAGAAAAAUGGGCACAACCACUGGAAUCAAGUGGUCCAGAGCUUAACGCAUAAUGUUCGCAAGAUUUUUUCUGAUAUUGAUCCUGAACUAUUUGAGGAGUGCUUGAACAAGUUUCGGGAAGAUGAAGAAAAACUGGGAGAGAUAAAAACAAAACAUGAAGCCACCUGGAAGCGUUUAGAAGAUAUUGCUGUAUCAAACACUGCUAAUGGUGAAGCAGGUCUUGUUCCUCAUAUUGUAGCCUCCCGAAUAUCAUGAGCACCAAUGUGGAGUGACCGAUGCUCUUGUCAACUGUUAAUCUUUUACUGGUCCUGUGGGCACAAGGUGGUAAAAUGCUUAGAGAAGUUGAAUCUUACGAGUUGUCAUGUUUUUGCUCCCAAAAUCGUGAGUUGAUUGUAUCCUGAUGGUUAAGAACAUCAUUUUGCAGCAAUGAAGUCCCACAUUUGUGGCACUCAUAUGAAGCAAAUAGAAGUUAGCAGCUGCUGUGUACCUUUAGGAUGGAGGGGAUGUACCUAGUAUUUUUGCUCUUCUUAUAGUUGAUGUUUUAGAGAAUCAUACGGAGGAUCUAUAGUCACAGGUAAUUUGUGCUGUUCAUCUUGAUUUCAAAUUGUUCCUCACUUGUGCACUUGCUGAACCACUUGAUCUCCUUUCUUGCAUGUAUGUAUUAUCUGCUUCCCUUUUGUUCUUGCAACUGAAAAACUUUUGUUGGUGUCUCUGUUAAUACAAAUAUUGAUUAAUUUGGAUGGGUUUAAUGGGGAUUAAAUGUUAUUUUUA